UCCAAAGGUGGACCAUUACUUUUAUGACUCUACGAUUACAUGAUAAUUCCGAUGAUCUUCAGGUAUAUGGUAAUAUUUGGUACCAUAUGAUAGUCACAUAGUCACAUUGUUAUCUCUCUUAUUUCACUUUACGUCGUCUUCCGUCUUCCGUCUCCACAUUCUUUUCUUGUAAGUCGUUUCUUAUCAGUACGUACGAAGAAGGCACGCCCUUCGAGAUUGACAUUGGUUGAACAACUGUCUCAACCCUUGUAAACUACAUAUUCAACAACGGGAAGUCGCAUCAAGUAUAAGCUCGCCGUGUAUCUAUCUCAGCCUUUUUCUGAAAGGUUCCGUCUUUACCACUUCUAUCUUUCUUUCUAUUUACUUCUCUUCUCAUCCUUCUUCUACAAGUCAAAUCAAGGUCAGAUAAGAGAAAAUGGCCCCUCCAACAGCAAUUGAUGUCGAGGGUGUCGUCGAUACCGAAUCCGUAGUCAUACCCGAUCCACUUACUGUCAAUGGAGUUUCUGCAAGACGCGCAAAGGCUGGGAAAUUUACUGCUGGCGUAGCAGCAUUUACAAUUAGUGAUCACUUCAAAAGCCCUGUUGGUAUAUUAUAUCCGAAAGGACUGGUCAUGUCUAAUGAGUCAUAGUCAACAUGGAAACCAAAAGCAAAACGAUUUGAUCGUAAGUCGUUCUUUCACAAUGGUUAUGUACUUUUACUGACUACUUGCAGAUCGCAUCUCUCUCGAGAGUAGAUCAAGGAAGCCAUCGAACUUGAAAAAUGCUGCCAGAUAUUUGGGCCCUGGGAUGAUUUCUCUUGGUGGAGGUCUACCAUGCCCCGAAUAUUUCCCCAUCGAAGAAAUAUCCAUCAAGGUCCCUACAAUACCUCACUUUUCCGAGAAACAAACAAAAGAAUCUGGAACUAUCAUAACUGCUGGAAAGUAUGAUGUGUCAGAAGGCAAAGGAGCAUACGAUUUAUCUAUCGCUCUCAACUAUGGGCAAGGUACAGGAUCUGCACAAAUGCUUCGAUGGGUGACAGAGCAUACCGAAAUUGUUUGCAAUCCACCUUAUGCAGAUUGGGGUUGUACUCUCACUGUAGGAAGUACAUCAGCUUUGGAGCAGGCAUAUCGCAUAUUCUGUGAAAGGGGUGACUAUGUGUUAUCCGAAGAAUAUACUUUUGCUUCUGCUGUAGAGACUGCAGCUCCUCUGGGUGUAAAAUUCUUGGGUGUCAAACUGGAUGUCGAAGGUCUUUUGCCAGAAGCCUUGGAUGAAAUUUUGAGCAACUGGGAUGAAACGGCCAGAGGUGCUAGAAAGCCAUUCGUUCUUUACACCGUACCUUCCGGACAAAACCCUACAGGUGCAACACAAAGUAUCGAAAGACGACAUGCAAUUUACAAGGUUGCCCAAAAGCACGACGUAUACAUCUUAGAAGAUGAACCUUACUAUUUUCUCCAAAUGCAACCAUACACUGGCCCAGAUGCUCCUGAUGUUCCACCACCGGCUAACAAUGAGGAAUUUUUGAAGGCUCUCAUACCAACUUAUUUAAGCAUAGAUACUGAUGGGAGAGUUAUGCGAAUGGAUUCUUUCUCUAAAGUCAUUGCACCUGGUACAAGAGUAGGGUGGAUCACCGCUUCCGAACAAAUUGUCGAGAGAUUCAUCCGGUCCAACGAGAACUCUAACCAAAACCCAAGUGGAAUCUCCCAGAUGGUUCUUUACAAACUUCUGGAAGAAAGCUGGGGACAUGGUGGCUACCUUCAAUGGCUCAUCAAUCUUCGGUUGGAAUAUACUAAGCGUCGAAACGUUAUUCUUGCGGCUUGUGAAAAAUACUUGCCCAAGGAGAUUAUAAGCUGGAAUCCGCCAACUGCCGGCAUGUUCGUAAGUAUCUCAUGGAUUCAGUAUAGAUAUGACUUCACUAACAUAAUUUAGCUUUGGCUCCAAGUAGAUUGGCAUAAACACCCAUCUGCCAAAACCAAGCCAAUUGGAGAUAUCGAACAAGAAAUUUUCCUCGCUGGUAUCGACCAAGGUGUUCUCAUUUGUCCGGGUAGUUGGUUCACCGCUGAAAAGAGUGGCUUUGUACCAGUAGAUAUGUUUUUCCGCGCCACGUUUGCUGCUGCAUCGGAAGAGAAGAUGACAGAGGCGAUUGAGAGAUUUGGCGUGGCUGUUAGAAAUAGCUUCGGCGUGGAGUAAGGGGCAGUAUUUUGAUUGCAUAGUUGCGGGGCGUUGAAACAUGACAUCAGAUUGGGUUAGACAACUGUUGCAAGAUAAACAUUAUGAUUUCCAUGUCGGAUUUUUUGAAGUCUUGAAAUUUCGAACGAACUGUAAGGAUUUUACCGUAUUUUGGCACUUAGUUGUUCCAGAUGAUCUGGCCAUCAAGCGCAACGUAAUAUGUAGCGGCGAUGAUGCCCAAAGGAAGUCAAUCUGGAACUUUCACCUCUCUCCCCACCUAUACAAUAGUCUAUCUCUGCUGUUC